AUGAUAAGGGCCAAUACCGUAAAGAAUAAGCUCGCUCGGGUUGGUCGAGAACUUCCCAUUCCAAGAUUCAGGUGUUAUGGAUGGGUUCAUUCUCUUCCUGACAAAUGGUGGGCUAGGAUGACCAAAUACGUACUCCAUCGUUGGGAUCAGGAGUUGCGGGAUUUGGGAUUAUAUGCUCCAAUCCGAGCUAGUAUGCAUGGUCUCCCAGUGAGUGCAGAUCAUUUUAUGGCUUUGUUCGAGUCUUAUAUUCCGGAGACCAAUACCUUUCUUACCAAGUAUGGGGAAUUAGGGCUUCCGCUCCACGAAAUGAUGAAGGUAUCCGGAUUGCCAUUGGGGAAUACUCCUUACCAAGAAUAUUUUCCUAAUAAUCGUCAGUUGAUGAAAAUGAAGAAGGCCUGCUCUCCUGCUUAUGACAUCCUCUGGGAGUUAACUUGUCAUUAUCAGAUAGCGAUAGCCAAGAUUGAAGUGAAGAGUAAGAAGGCGGCUCGAGUCAGUUUAAAACAGUUCGCCGACUACCUAUUUCAGAACCUUGAGAGCCCGACCGGUGAAGAAGUCUGUGAAUCACCGAUUCUGACCCCUUCUGACGUCAACCAGCUAAUCACGAAGAUUAAUGCUCAGUCUUACAGAACUGAGUCAUCUGAAGGUGGUUUUCUUAAGGGCACCAAGUUCAACACUUUCUUGUGGCAAGCCACAAAGAGAAUGAAGCCUGCAACUCUUCUUUCCGGUUAUCUGGCCAUUUGGCUAAAGAGAUGUGUAGUGCCGCAUCAGUCUUCUGAGGCGCUUCCUCUUGAAGUUCUCUUUCCCGCCGUGCAACUAGUUGUCAGAGGCAGGUUAUCUCUUCUUUCUGCUAUGAUUGCUGACCUCCAUAGCGGUUUGCGUAACCUAGCCAACACCUUUACCAAAGUGGGUGCCGAGCCUUCAACUAAGAUUCCUUUGUCGAGCGUCGAAUUUCCGUACACCUAUUUGAUGGCGUGGCUAGUUCUCCAUCGAUCGGACAUGAUGUCAGCGCCUGAUGCGUCUGAUCCAGAAAUCCCCUUGCUGCAGCUCUUAGAAGGAUGUAAGUGGUUAUAUCCUUCCCGACCAUGGACUGACCGUGUGAGGCAAUUCAAGAAUGCCAAAUGCUGGGAAUUCUAUAAGUGUUUCCCUCGGUUUUCUGGUGCCUAUAAUGACACGCUUGUUGACGAGGAAAUGCCUGGGGCUAACAGGACCUCUCUCGAUACGGGUAGUUUUCAUUGGCUCAUGAACAUUCGCCCAGGCUAUAAUGUUUUUCGAUCGAAGAACAUUUGCAGGAUUGAGCCUUAUUUUCCUUGCCGUUUUGCGCGACAAUUCGGCUACGAUCAAUUGUAUAUCGGGAAUCCCAAUAAAUGGUUGAUAAACUGCGGAGGCCUUAUUGAUGGGGUACGUGCCUGGUUCUGGAAUGUUGCUGGCUGUACCGGAGCUCGAUUUAGUUUGCCUGUCGCUGAGCCUGGUCUUUACUUAACCUUCCUCUACUGCCGGUGGAUUUUAGCCGCCAAUACUCCUCUUGCGAAGAAGAAGCUCCACGAACUGGAAUCCGAGGCUGUAGUUCGGAGAAUUGUAUCAAAAAAAGGAAAGGAGCCCGCUACGUCUUCUCGUAAAGGAAAACAGGUAGCUGAUUCCGAAGAGAGCGACGACUUCGAGACAUCCAGCGAAGAGGAUGAGACCCGAGGCGACGCAGAGGGUGAUGUACCUUUGUCUCCCGUGGCUCACAGGACUCGUCGAGCUUCUUCGCCCAAAUUACCCGGUGCUCCUUCAAAAGGUAUACAAAUGAAGGAAAAGAACAUUCCCCUGUCGUCCUCCAACAAGAUGACCUUGAGAUGGCUUUCUCAGGAGGGAGAGGCAGAAGAAGAGGAAGAAGAGGUUGCCCCGCUUAUUAACAGGAAAAGAUCUCGGCUUACUGCUCCUUCUGAGGUUCAACCUCAGCCGACUCAAGGAACCGAAUUACGUACCAAGUUUCGACAUGAAAGCUCCGAGGUUCCUCGAGAUUCUCGUGCCUCGAAGAGGAUUAAAAAGACGGCUCAUCGGGAACGCCAACUUUCUCCGUUAUUUGAGGAGAAGUUUACUCAGGAUCUUCCAGUUGAUGAAAGGGUUGAAUCAGAAGAGGAAGGGGAAAUCGUGCCCAAGCCUUCUUCUCCGGGUUUAAUGGAUGUUGAUGAAUCUAGCUUCACUGAACAAGUGCACAAGGCUAUGAACGAGGAACCCCUUCAUAUGGACAUUGUUCCUCCUCCAGCCACCACAUCGACCUCGCCAACCGCAGAUACAGUUAAACUAAAGGAGGUGAGUGCGGGUAGUAGCGCUGCUAAUCCCGCAACUAUUGUUGAAGACAUCACAGUCGACGAACCGGGAGAUAUCGAACUUACCCAUGAUAUGGGUAUCGGAGAUUUCGAUGAGCGUAAUUUCGAUCUUGAUAUGUCCGAAGAUGUACACCAGGAGAUCUCCGAUAUACUAUCAAAUCCGGUUCCAUCCGCUACUGCAGGACCAACUACUCGAGUUGAUUCAGCUGAAGUAGGUGUAUCAAAAGGACCAACCAACAAAGCUGAUGCAUCUACUGUCAUUGGUGAAUGUGAUCAACCUGAAGGUCUGGGUUUCUUACUCUUGGCAAGUCCCCCAGCUGAAGUUGAACCACUAGUGACUGCUCCCCCGACUUCCGCUAUUGUCGAAGUUGAACCUGUUGUGCUUUCUGCUCCGACUCUAGUGGAUCAUGAAGUAGGAGGCCCAGCGGGCUGGGCAAUUUCAGCCCGGCACACCACUUGCUCCGUGGACCUCAAGCUCGGCGGCCUCGGGGAUUUCGGCCCGCCGGAUAAGUGGAAGGAGGCAGAGCGUCGCCGGGCGGCGGCCGUUCCCCAUUCGGGCGGCUUCGACCGGACGAGGGGCGCGGCGCCAGGGCGCGGGGAGCCAGAUGCCUCCUGCCUUGUCGAUGGGUGCAAGUCUGAUCUCAGCAACUGCAGAGAGUACCACAGGAGGCAUAAAGUCUGUGAGGCCCAUUCGAAGACUCCCAUAGUUAUGGUCGGUGGCCAGGAGCAGAGGUUCUGCCAGCAGUGCAGCAGAUUUCAUUUACUGGUGGAGUUCGAUGAGGUGAAAAGAAGCUGCAGGAAAAGGCUUGAUGGGCACAACCGGCGCCGUAGGAAGCCUCAGCCAGACUCUAUGAACUCCGGGAGUUUGUUUACAACUCAUCAAGGUCCUAGAUUCUCGUCAUACCCUCAGAUUUUCCCUACCUCUGCAUCUGAUCCUGCGUGGCCUGUAAUCGUAAAAACUGAAGAGGAGCCCCUCUACUCUCACCACCAACCAUUGCACUUCCUCGACCGCCAACACCAUCACCACUUCUCCACUUCUUUCACCCGAAAACAUUUUCCCUUCUUACAAGACUCCGAACCCUCCAUCUGCCAACCUCUCCUCAAAACAAUCUCUGCACCUGAAAACAGCGGCAACACUAACAAACUCUUCUCUCCCUUGGAUUGUGCUCUCUCUCUUCUGUCAUCGCCGCCGCAGACCUCAUCCAUCAAUCUUGGCCAGAUUGUUCCUUCGACUGAUAGGAUCCCGAUGGGCCAGCCCUUGAUCUCUUACAGCGGACUCGGGCUUGGCCGUUACUCGGGCUCGCAUGGCGAAUCUAACCACCAUGUGUCGACCACAGGGUUUUCUUGCUCGGGGAUGGAGGACGAGCAUGUGGGCAGUACUGUUUUGGUUUCGGAUGCGAGUGAUGCUGAGAUGCACUGCCAAGGGUUGUUUGGUGUAGGAGGAGGUGAAGGGUCAUCUGAUGGGGGGUCUCAGGCUAUCCCCUUCUCUUGGCAGUAGCACUCAUCUCAUCAUCUUUCAUGUUCAAUGUCUAGAGAUUUUGGUGGUUCUAACAUAUGGGGUCAGCUAUUGCAGCUUGAGCCGAGUUUAUUGGCAUGAUGGCUUGUCUUCUGAUUUGAAUGAUCAAUAGAUUUUUUUUAUUUUUAAUCAAACCUCUGUUGACAAUGUAAAAUAAUGUGCUUUCCCUGUAAAUUUCCUCCUUUCAGUGUUUCUAUUUUUAGAUC